AUGUUGAACUUACUAAGCUGUUUCCUCCCUACUACGACCCGAAAAAGAGCAAGAACAAGCUCCCUAGAAGAGCUCGACGCGAAAUCCGACUUUGGAACCUUCAUCCCAAUCGCUUAUCCUUCAAAGCAAAGGUUUUGCCGCUUUGCAAAGAAGAAUAUCCCUAUCAGAAGAGAUCGAAAAAAUAUCAAGAAACGCAACAUUUCUACAACUUCGAUCCCGCGAGCUCAGCAAAUCAGCCGCCAAAGACGAUCUGAAAUUUUCAAAUUGCGAGAUCGAAGAAUCAUCCCCAAGACCAACAAUCAAAUCAUCGUCCCUGUUACGAAGACAGAAAACCGUUACAAAACUUACAUCUAA